ACGGUUAGCAUCCGGUUGCUGCUGCGGAACCGGAGAGAUACUCAGGCCUUUGAAUGCUGUGAGAAUAUUUUUCGGAGGAUUUCUGGUCUUACUUUAUCAUUUCUGUGGAGCUUGGAGGGCUAGCGAGGAGCUAGCUCCCAGCUAGCUGUCGCCGUUAGCUCUUCUGUCCUAAGCCGUCAGAGCGGGGAUCGGGGGUUCCCAGCCGUGACCUGGUGCUUGGUUGACGGACCUCUGGAACUAUGGCUGCUAAUCUAAUCAAGGAGAUUGUUAGCAGGAACAAGCGGCGUUAUCAGGAGGAUGGGUUUGACCUGGACCUCACUUAUAUCUAUCCCAACAUCAUUGCCAUGGGUUUUCCCGCUGAGCGACUUGAGGGCGUCUACAGGAACAAUAUCGAUGAUGUCGUUCGGUUCUUGGAUUCCAAGCACAAGAAUCACUAUAAGAUCUAUAACUUGUGUGCAGAGCGACACUACGACACUUCGAAGUUCAGCUGUAGAGUGGCUCAGUAUCCAUUCGAAGAUCACAACCCACCCCAGCUGGAGCUAAUCAAGCCAUUUUGUGAGGACUUGGAUCAGUGGCUUAGUGAAGAUGAGCAUCAUGUGGCUGCCAUCCACUGCAAGGCAGGAAAGGGCCGCACUGGAGUCAUGAUCUGUGCCUACUUGCUGCACCGAGGGAAGUUCCAGGAAGCUCAGGAGGCCCUAGAUUUCUAUGGAGAAGUCCGGACAAGAGAUAAGAAGGGUGUGACCAUUCCCAGCCAGCGGCGCUACGUCAUCUACUACAACUUUCUGCUCAGGAACCGGCUGCACUACAAACCUGUAGCCCUGCUCUUCCACAAAAUGUUGUUCGAAACCAUCCCCAUGUUUACGGCUGGUACAUGCAAUCCUCACUUCGUGGUCUACCAGCUAAAAGUGAAGAUUCACACCUACAACCCUGCUUAUACUCGCAGGGAGGACAAACUGAUGUUGUUUGAGUUCCCUCAGCCACUUCCUGUCUGCGGAGACAUCAAGGUGGAGUUCUUUCACAAGCAGAACAAGAUGAUGAAGAAGGAAAAGAUGUUCCAUUUCUGGAUCAACACAUUCUUCAUCCCAGGGCCAGAGGAGUCCUCGGACAGACUGGAGAACGGCAGCUUUGCAACAGUUCGAGAUCUUUCUGACGGAAUGUUUCAGAAUCCAGAGUUGAUGAUGGGGACUGAGGCCAACGACAGGGACUUCUUGGUUUUGACACUUGACAAGAAUGAGUUGGAUAAAGCCAAUAAGGAUAAAGCCAACAAGAACUUCUCCCCAAACUUUAAGGUAAAGCUGUUUUUCACAAAGACUGUGGAGGAAGGAGCCAAUUGUGACACAUGCAGUAUGUCGACCUCAGUGACACCAGAUGUCAGCGACAACGAACCGGAUCACUAUCGCUAUUCGGACACUACAGACUCAGAUCCUGAGAACGAACCACUCGAAGAUGAUCUCCAUAGUCAGAUCACAAAAGUCUGACACACACACAGACACGCACUUAUUCAGUGUAAAGGUGUACAUAAAUACACAAGCCCAGAAAUGCUGGAUGGAGACCAGUAUUCGACCAGAAGUCUGGGCCAGAAUUGAUCUGUGGACUUUGAGUUUAAAGAGCUUGGAUCAAAUAAUGACACCAAACUUAUUUUAACCAAACAAUCAUGAUGGGGUGAACAGUUGAAAGUGGCUGGGGCACAGAAUGGGACAUUUUAUCAGAAACUGAGUGAAACUUGAAUCUCGAAAAGUCAGAGGUUUUCUUCAUUGAGAUGAACCUAACCUAACCUACCUACAAUCUUUUAUUUCAUCUCUCUUUUUUUUCCCCAGAAGAAUAUUUUUGUUUUGGAAACAAAAAUAUUCUAACUUUGUUUCCAUUUCUGUCCUGAGUCGCGGCUUUGGUUCUCCUCUCUGAGAAUUAAAUUAUUGUCCAAAAUUAUGUCACCUGCUUUCCUACUGAAAUGUUUCUUUAAAUUGAUCAAAAUCCAAUCGGGAUCAAAAAAGAUUCAGAUGUGAACCUAGAUGCAGAUCUGCAUCCAGAGGUUUUAAAAUUAGAGCAUCUGGUUGAGUUUGAUCCCAACGCUCUGGUAGGAAACUUGAGGAGGUUCUGUUGAAGGAUGUAAAGCAGUCUAGAUCACAGCAGUUUGCAGAUUUUCUGGCUAAUUGUUAACCAUUGCUUUAGAAUUGUUUUACUAGUCAGAGCAGAAAAUCUUUAAACUUAGCUUUGGAUUCUUAACCCAAGAAGUCCUCCCGACAUAGUGCUGUGGAUUUCCAGCUGAGAUUGAUCCAAACCGUUGUGUUGGCACAGUAUGUGUUUGGAUUUCUUAGUUCAGAAGUGUCAGAUUCCCAGGACUCUGUAAUGGUAAUAAUUUAUGGGGUUCCAUGUCUGUGGCAAUGUGUCACUCAGAGGGAGUUUCGAACCCUGCUGAUGAAAUCUAUUCCACAUCAACUGGCAUUUUGUCAAUCAGCUGUUGGAGUAUGUUCAAUCCCAGGUAUAGGAAGUGUAUUCUGUUUUCCUGUAGCUUCCAUCUGUCAUUAACCUAAACAGCAAACAAGCUCAUCUCUAACCAUCCCUGUUCUGGAUGCUUCAGCCUUGUAAAUAUUUCUGAGCAUGUUCAAUCCAGCUAGAAAAGCUUUUCUGGUUGUUUGGCAGCUUUCUGUUAGUUUUAUGAACUUAUCAUAUAAGCUACAGAGCCGUCUGGAAAUGCAAUCCAAGUUUGGGAAAGAUCAUAAGGUCUUUAGAAUGACUGGUCUGAAACUGUUUAAGAAGGCUGUGCCCUGACCCCCUGGAGUAUCACUACAUCUAAGCUGGUUUUCUUUAAAGUUUCUGGUGCUAAAACAUUUCAGAAGGUUCAAUGACAGAGCCUCCUAAUGGGCCACAUCUGUCAAAUCAGAAGUGCUUCUGAUGUUUAAGGUAAGGUAAUUUUAUUUAUAUAGCACAUUUUCAACAAGGCAUUUCAAAGUUCUUCACUUAAAUUUUUUUUAUGUUUAAUGUUUGUUCAAACUGGGAUCAUAUAGUCUAGACAGCAAGUUUAAAUUUCUCUGGAAGUACUUGGAGACGUUCCAGUUUAGAUCCUGACUCUGGUCAGUUUUUCCUCUUUCCUCUUAUGUUGGAUCAAUGCUGUAACUGUAUUUGCUAUGCACAGUCUUCAAAUUGGACCACAUGGAAACUGACUUAGCUGGAGCGUAUCUGGCAAUGAAGGACUCUCAACCUUUAGUUCAGAUCUGUGGAAACUGAAGUUGUCUAAUUUGAGAAGUUCCACUGGUCAUGAAACUUCUCAAUCUGGAUCUAGAUCAAGUCCAUGGGGUAAAAGUUAAAGCUCUGAUCACACAUUGGAGUGGUAGAAACUUGGAGAACAUUCUCUCUCAGUUUCCUCCAAAAGGAACAGAAAGGCAAAUGCAUUGUUUUGUUGAACAAUGAAGACAUUUGGGUUUAACAUCAAAACAUAAGCACGACACAAGAGUUCAGAAUGUCACCUUUCAUUUCCUGGUUUUUACAUGUUAAACAACUCAACACAUACAACCCUUUGUAUGAAUUCACUCAUUUUUCAAAUGAGCCAAACUAUUAGAACACGUGACUGAAAGGUGUACCGUGUUGACCAGGUGUUGCCUUUAACGUUGAUUGUUCAAACAUUAAAUAGCUCUGCUUGACUAGUCUACUCUUUGGCUUUGCUUACACCUAUUAGGCAUUUCUUGUUGAAGAGGAUAAACCAACAUGAAGACCAGACAGCUGUUUAUGGGAGAAAAAGCAAGCCAUUUUGAAGCUGAGAAAAAAAAGGAAAUGAAUCAGGUCCAAUGGCCAAACAAUGUACAUAACAAGCACAACUGGAAUGUUCUAAAUAAAGAAACUACUGAGCAACAGACGUCAAACAGGCUGGCUAAGGAAAACAGCAGUAGCUGAUUACAGAAAUAUUGGGAGAGCUGUGAAGAAAAAUCCCAAAACAUCAGUAAGUGACAUCACCAAUGACCCCUCAGAGCAGGGCUGAACGUAUCAUAAGCCACUGUUCGAAGAAAACUCUGAGAGUAGACUGUACUGAAAGAUGCAAACCACUUAUAAAUAGAAAGAACCGGAAGGCCAGAUUCCAAUUUGCAAAGAAGUGCAGAAAUGAGCCAGAAAACUUGUGGUACACAAUCUUAUGGACCAAGAUUAAUUUCUUCCAAAGUGAUGGAAAGGCCAAAGUUUGGAGAAAGAAAACUGCUUUGAAUUCAAAGCACAUAAGAUGAUCUGUGAAGGAUGGUGGUGGUAAUGCCAUGGCUUGGCCGUGCAUGGCUGCUUCUGGAACAGGCUCAUUUUUUUUUUUAUUGAUGAUGGUAACAGCAGAAUUAAUUCAGAACUGUACAGAAACAUUUGGUCUGCCAAUUUACAGGGAAAUGCAUCCAAACUAAUUGGGAGAAAUUUUAUCACGUUGCAGUACAAUGACCCAAAACGCACAUCCAGCAAAACCAAGACAACAGAGGGAAAAAAAUGGAAGGUUUUAGACUGGCCAAGUCAGUCACCUGACCUUAUCCCAAAAGAGAGUGUGCAUGUCACCUCUUGAAAUGUUUGUUUUGGGGAGAAACCCCAGAAACUUACUUACGACAUUUACUUGUAAAAAACAGCAAAUAAAAUUUGACUUUCUGAAUUCUUGUCAUGUUCAUGUUUUGAUGUUAAACCCAAAUGUUUUCAAAGCAAUUUGCCUUACUGUUCCAAUACUUUUGGAAGGCACUGAAUAUUUUCUGUCUGGUGUUGGUAAUGGUUCCAUAUGUCAGAUGAAGGGUUAUGAAAAUACAGAGAACUGACAACUGGGCAAGAGUUGUUAGGUUUUUGAGAUGUUGACGUUUUUCAACAGUCUUCCACAUUUCUAACCCUGUAUCAAUGAGGAAGUGUUCCUUAUUGAUUCUUGGGAGUCUUUUUCCCCUCCAAAAGUAAAUCUUAAUGGGGUAGGGUUAACAUAAUCUUAAUGGGGGAUUUGGACUUUGUAAGGGAUGUCUUUGUUCAUCACCUUAUUUGCCUCUAUGAAGGUUUUUUUCUUUUGGGCUUACUGUAUACUGCUUAAUGUGUAAAUUAUGUAAUCUGAACUUUACCUGGCACUAGGAGUUAAGGCAGAAUGAACUAAAUAACCACAUUGACCAGCUGCUCAUUUUCUGACAAGCGUCAGGUGGAUGAAUUUAUGGCCUUUCCUGAAGGUGCUGAUAUGCUAAAGUGUUUCAGAACACUUUAGCAUAUACAGCUGAUCCUCAGCUGAGAUGCUCAAAUGUUUAGAAGUGGAACCAGCAUGGUGUUCAGUUGGAAGCAGAAUCAUCUGUCAGAACUCCCUGUAUGAAUAGUGAUGAGCUUCAAAUCAACGGUCAUUUGACUUUAUAAGACAGACCAGGAGAACUUCAAAUCAACUUCAAAUCAACGGUCAUUUGACUUUAUAAGACAGACCAGGAGACAGAAUCAUGUUUUAUAAGACAUAUAUCACACUGUUCAUGUUUGAAUCAAAACUAGGGUUUGAUUUGACCAUUCAGGAUCCAUUUCAAUCUCCAUUCCUAUCAACAAAACGCUCACUUGGAUGUUUGGGUUGAAGUGGUCGUUGGUUGUCCAGUCAGCAAUUUUUGUUUAGCUGAUCAGCAAAAUUUUGUUUGUAUGUUGAUGCUUGAACUUGUACAUUUCAUAACAUCAGUGUUCAGCUUUAUUGGAACAUCGGAUUCACCUACUCGGUGGAUAUUUUAAGUUCCAAACAAUAAAAACCUUCAAUCACAUCUGUAGAUUGUUCCUGUAGGAUGGCUGUCAUAAACACAUUGAUGAGUUCUGAAAUCAUCAGCUUCAAAAGAUGUUUUUAAAUGUUUAUUUUUUUCAGUCAGAAGUCAAUCAGCAGAGUUACUGUGACACUGAGUUGUUACCAUACACACAAAUGAACACACAUUAUUCUGACCCCUCCCCUCUUUUAUCUGCCGCUACCCAUUUUAUAAUGAAAAAAAAACACUGUAAAGUGAAUAAACUAUUUAUAAACAGCCA